CCGCUGUUCGUGCUCAACAAAAGAAAAAAAACUUCCGCUGCUUCGCUCGCGCGAGCCGCGACGCUCAUCGAUUGGGAGCCUCACAAAACCCUAGGCCCCAACCGUCCCCCACCCAUGGCGACGCCGGCGCCGGCCGCCUCCGACGUGGCUAAUUCACAGGCCGACGACCCCCCUCAGGCUGAGGCAGCCGCCGUAGCGGAACCAGAAGGGACCGAGGCAGAGGCAGCCUCCGCGGCGGAAUCGGGAGGUGCAUCCAGUACAUCUGCCGUCGAGGCGGCAGCAGUAGCGGACGGGGCGCCCCCCGGAGACGCUGUCCCGUCCGCUCCCGAUCCCACCAGCACCUCUAGUUCUGCGGCACCGCCCCCGCCGGCUUCUCCUGCCACUCUAGGGCCGCCGCGGCUGCAGUUUGCAGGCUCCCCGGCCUACAUGGCGCCCCCGGCGCCAGCUCCGCCGCCGGCCUUUUCUUAUAACGUGCUGCCGAGGGCGCCAACCCCGUCGCAGGUGGGCAGCGGUGCAGCUCCGCACCAGCCAUCCUCUUCUCCGGCUCUCAUGACUCCAAUGCCUGCAUCAGCUCUUCAGCCACCAGCACUGGGGCAAUAUGUUGGGAACAGGCCUUCUUUCUCAUAUAAUGUAGUCUCGCAUGCUAAUGCUAGAUUGCCUACUGGUCAGCAGUUUCAACUUGGCACUGACACAAACCAUGCUGGUCAAGUUUCUAGAUUUGUUCCACCUGGUUCCUUGCAGCCUCCAGCCCCUGGGCAAUUAGCUCGCCCAAGUGCAGCAUUCCCAGGAAUUAUGGCACAAAAUUCUCCUGGAUCUAUUCAGUUGCCAUUUCCAGUACCCAGGCCAUCCAAUAUUCCUUUUGGUGCAAGCCCACAACAGGGCAACUCGGAUGUUAAUACCUCAAAGUCGGAUGCCCCAAGUGCACCAGAGGUUAGUCCCGGUAUCAUGCAGAUGCCUACUGGCUUGCAAUCAAAUUCUCCUUCGACAAUUGCAAGUGCUUCUGGAAGUCCUUCAGUCCCGAUUCAGAUUCCAACAAAUCCAUCAGUGCCACCUCGCCCUGAAGUGUUUGGGGCCGCUGGAUCGUCUAUACCUGGACAACCUUCUGCGAUAUUCUCUAAUCCACCAAGCCUCCUUGGAAGGCCUUUUGUUCCAUCUGCUGCUCCUUUGCCCCAAACGACACCAUCAUUUGCAACCCCGGAUGUUAUUCCACAGAAUUCUCAACCGCCAUUUUAUCCGUCCUAUCCUUCAGCACAUGGUAUGGUUCCUCCUCAACCUUUGUGGGGACAUCAUCAUCCGCAACAACCUACUGGUUUUCAGCAGGCCCCUUUCCAGUCAUAUCCAGCUGGUCCUGUAGGGUCUCAUGGCAGGCCAAUGGUCGGGACUUCUGCUGUGACUGCUGCCUUGCCCAAUGUCCAACCACCUGGUGUCUCAACUGGUGGGGGUUGGAAGGAACAAGCAUCAACUAAUCCAGGAUCUGAGCAGCCCGCUCGUACUUCAGCUGAGCCACCUUCUACAGGACAUGGAGGUCAAGUCAAUGAUCAGCUGGAGGAAAAAAGAAAUACUGGAGUUCAGGAUUCAGAUGCAUGGUCUGCACACAAAACAGAAGCCGGUCUUGUAUAUUAUUACAAUGCCUUGACAGGAGAAUCGACUUAUCAGAGACCGCCAUGUUAUAAGGGGGAGCCCGAGAAGGUUGCAAUCCAACCAGUUCCAGUUUCUUGGGACAAAUUGGCUGGUACUGACUGGAGUAUAGUUACUACAAGCGAUGGAAAGAAAUAUUACUAUGAUAAUAAGCAAAAGGUUAGCAGCUGGCAACUUCCACGAGAGGUGGCUGAGCUCCUCAAGGACGUGGAGUCUGGUUCCUUAAAAGAAGGUUCAAAUUCACUGCAGGAUGCUGGUACUAUAGAGAAUACGGGAGUAAUAAGCAUUGAUACAAGUACUCCUGCCAUACAGACAGGUGGCCGUGAUUCGUUGCCACUUCGGCAAACAGUUGCCCCUGCAUCGCCUUCUGCAUUGGAUUUAAUAAAGAAGAAAUUGCAGGAUGCUGGUGCUUCCAGUGCGCCUUCACCUCUCGCCACUCCUUCAUCUGCUGCUUCUGAUUUGAAUGGAUCUAAACCAGCUGAUGCUGCACCUAAGGGACAUCAAGUCUCAAAUAAUGGUGACAAAUCAAAAGAUAAUAAUUGCGAUGUGAAUAUGUCCGAUUCCUCUUCAGACUCAGAUGAUGAGGAACAUGGCUCAAGUAAAGAGGAUUGCAUUUGUCAGUUUAAGGUGAUGCUAAAGGAACGAGGAGUUGCACCAUUUUCGAAGUGGGAGAAGGAACUUCCAAAAAUAGUGUUUGAUCCACGCUUCAAGGCUAUUCCAAGUCACUCGACGAGACGCGCUAUAUUUGACCACUAUGUUCGCACACGUGCUGAAGAGGUGCGGAAAGAGAAAAGAGCUGCCCAGAAGGCUGCAGUAGAGGCCUACAAACAAUUACUAGAAGAAGCAUCGGAGGACAUAAACACAAAAACAGACUACCAGGAAUUCAAACGAAAAUGGGGUGCUGACCCUAGGUUUGAAGCCUUGGAUCGAAAGGAAAGGGAUGCUCUUUUCAAUGAGAAGGUGAAGGCUGUUCAAGAAAAAAUUCAAUCAACUCGGAAGGCUGUCAUUGCUGAUUUCAAAUCAAUGCUUCGAGAAAGUAAAGAUAUAACCUCAACUAGCCGAUGGACCAAAGUGAAAGAAAAUUUCCGGAGUGAUUCGAGGUACAAAGCCAUGAAGCAUGAAGAGAGGGAGACCAUUUUUAAUGAGUACAUAGCGGAACUAAAAUCCGCUGAACGGGAAGCAGAGCAAGCUGCCAAGGCCAAAGUGGAUGAGCAAGCCAAGUUAAGGGAGAGGGAACGCGAAACACGCAAAAGGAAAGAAAGGGAGGAACAGGAAAUGGAGAGAGAAAAAUUGAAGAUCCAAAGAAAGGAGGCUGUGUCAUCAUACCAAGCUUUACUUGUUGAAAUGAUUAAGGAUCCCAAGGCAUCAUGGACAGAAUCCAAACCGAAACUUGAAAAAGAUCCACAAGGUCGUGCUGUAAAUCCUGACUUAGGCCAAGGUGAUGCAGAAAAGUUAUUUCGUGACCAUGUCAAGGACCUCUAUGAGCGGUGUGUACGCGAUUUCCGGGCACUUCUAUCUGAGAUUAUUACUCCGGAGGUAGCAGCGCGGACAGCAGAUGAAGGGAAGACUGCAAUCAACUCCUGGAGCGAAGCUAAAGAUCUUCUAAGACCCGAUCCAAGGUACAACAAGCUGGCGAGUAAAGACAGGGAGUCUAUUUGGCGGCGCUAUGUUGAUGACUUGAUGAGGAAACUCAAACAUUCGGACACUAAGGAGAAGGAGAAAUCAGAUACAGACGUGAGACAACGUAGGUCCUCUGAUCUGCCUAGGCGGAGGUAGCUUGUAGUAAGAUCCACUUGUACCUCCUAGUUGCUACUCUUGAUGCCAGGGUAGUUCAGGGCCUGCAUACACUCCCGUUGUAACCACGCGCUAUUGAAUCGUCAUCGACACAGUUUUGGUAUUGAGAGCUGCCAUCUUUUAGAA